UAAAAAGACCGACCCAUUCUCAGCUCUGCGGCCAUGGAGCCUCUGCCGGCCGCCCGCGUGGCCCGCGUGGCCCGCGUGGGGAUCGCGCCGCAGCAGGCGCCAACGCGGCGCCCAGAAAGCCGCGGGGCGCGGCGGGCGCCCCACGCCGCGGCGCUGGUGGGCGGCUGGGCCCUGGGCUUUCGGAGGCCAUCCCGAGUUCGAGCCAGAGCCGAAGCCGGGGACGCACCGCGGAACCUCUAUGAGCUUUUGGGCCUGUCCCCUCUGGAGGCGGCGGUUGCGUCGGCGGAGAGCAUCAAGCAACGCCAGCGCGUGCUGCUGAAAGUUUGCCAUCCGGACAUUGCGGGCGACGGGGGGGCGGCGGUCACCGCACUUCUCACGGAGGCAGUGAAUGCGCUGAGCUCGGCGCAAGCGCGUGCCGAGUAUGAGGCCAGCCUCAGCGGUACUGAGACGGAACAAGGCAGAGGCGGCAGCAUGUCCUGGCCCUCUCUUGCGCAGAUCGCCUUCUCUCGGGACGGCUGGGCAGAGGUGCCUUUGGAGAGCCGCGGUGAGCGCCAUGAAGCGCGGGAGAGCCUCUUUGUGGAUGAGGUGGCGUGCACCAGCUGCAACAUUUGUGUGGACGCAGCGCCGAAUACCUUCGAUAUCGUCGACUACCCGGGGGGUGCGGACAACUAUGGCGGCGGGCGGACAGCUCGUGUGCACACCCAAUGGGGUGAUGGGGAGGAGGAGCUGCUGGAGGCUUGCGAGUACUGCCCUCGCGGCUGCAUUUAUUGGGUGCCCCGAGACUCACUGAGGACCUUGGAGUACCUCAGCCAAGCGGAGGAGUAUCAGCCCUUCCUGGGCCGGAAGCGCAAGAAUCGCCCCGCUGCCUCCGGGAAGACGAACUUCGACCCUCUGACGGGCUACCAGGUCUGGUGGCCCUUCGAGGAGGGCAUGGCCAUGGUCUCCUCCGGCAACCUCUGCCCCGAGCUCUCGGCGACCGCCGGCGCCGCCUUCGCUGCGCCGGAGGAUCCACGAGUGGCGCUUGCCUGGGCGGAGCUGCCCUACGAAGUGCGCAAGGAAGCGCUGAGAGCACUGGCCCAAAGCGUGGCCAGUUGAGGAAGCUCGUAUGGCUCGGAAAUACCCAAGCAAUCCAUGUAGGU